AUGUGCCAGCGGCGGCAGCUGCCAGGGCAGGUGCGGCUACGCUCGACUGCACACUCUGAGCCGAGUCAGUUCCGCGACUCCUGUGUUCCUGCAGCGAGUGACUGGCCUUGGCUCCAUCUGCCUCUCGCUCUGGGCUCGCACAGACGCCGUUGGCCCGUAACCGUCCUCGUGAUAAACAUGAUGGAGACAUGUGCUUUCUGGACCAGACAGACUCUCACUCCAGACCCACAGCCGGACCAUCCAACCCCAGAUGGUGGAGCCGAGGACCGGACCGCAAAUAUCCAAGAUGGCUGA